AUGAUGCCCUCAACCUCUCAGCUCGUGAUGCUGCUGGCCACGGCCGCGGCCGCCGUCCACGCCGCCGGCGACACCCCCACCGCGACGACUCAUGUGCCGGCGUGUACGGCCACCUCGUCAACGGGCAACGGCGGCUUCUUCGAUCUGCGGCCAGACACGGCGAUGCCGCCGCCGGAGAAUGGCAAGGCGCAUAAGUCGGGUCUCUACAAGGACUACCACUCGCGGGGGUACGACUACGGCAAGAACUUUACGCUCAACAUCUGCGGCGCCGUGGUCGAUCCCGUCAGCGACGUUGUCGGUCUGAAGAAGAGCCAGUGGGCCAAUGUCAGCGCAUACUAUACCACUCACAACAGCGUAUACUCGAUUGGCUCCGUGUCGCUCGAUUUGCACAGCCGGGGGAGAAAGCUGGUGCUGCAGUACACUGGCGGAUCGCCGUGUGGGGAAAGCAGAUCAAACGAGAGCACGUCCAAGACCAGGCGCAAGUCCGCCACGAUCUCCUUCCUGUGCGAUCGCGACCCCGGAACGACGACCGCUGUGUCCUUUGUCGGCGUCGAUCCCGACGAAUGCUCGUACUUCUUCGAAGCCCGGUCGGUCCACGCCUGCGCCCAUGCCGAGCCGCACAAGCCCGGCAGCGUGGGCCCCGGCAGCGUGUUUGGGCUGAUUCUCGUCAUUGCCGUGCUCGUGUACGUCCUGGGCGGCGUCUUCUACAACCGCACCGUCGCGCACGCGCGAGGAUGGCGGCAGCUCCCCAACUACAGCCUGUGGGCCGGCAUCGGGAGCUUCUUCAGCGACUUGUUCAUCAUCUUGCUGUCGUCGUGCGGACGCCUUCUACCAAGCAGGAGAGGGUAUCAGCAUCUUGGGUCUGGCGGCGUCGGGCGGAAUAGCGAAGCGGAGAACCGAUUGAUAGACCAGCUGGACGAGGAGUGGGAUGAUUGA